AUGAAUGUCAACACUGUCAGACGAUGUUUUUCAGGUGUGAAAAAUGUCGUUUUUACGCGACAGGUGAUUGAGACGACCCACGUAAGGAAUUGUUCGGUGAAACAAAACGAACAUAGACUUAAACGAGAUGACUGGCUGCAAAGAUAUCAAGUGGAAAAAGAGAAGGCACAUGAUGUUACUGGAAUCAAACUGAUUAAUCCCAAAGCAAUAUUUGCCAACAAUGAGACGGACCUUGGUAGCAUUGAUGUCUAUGGAUUUGAUUAUGACUACACCCUGGCCUCUUAUACUCCUGCCCUCCAUCAGCUCAUUUAUGACUUAGGUCGUGAGAGUCUAGUCAGCAAAUACAGGUAUCCAGAUGCCAUUAUGAACAUCAAAUAUGUGAAGGACUUCUCAAUACGUGGACUUCACUAUGACAUCCAAAGGGGCCUGAUGAUGAAGCUUGACUCCUUCCACAACAUACAGCUUGGCACAGUGUUCAGAGGUCUACAACAGGUGCCAGACAGUGAGGUGAAAGCUUUCUACAAUGGAACUCAUGUAGCCCUUAAAGAUAUGAAUACGUUCUACGGAACUGGUCCGAUGCAUCAGCUUGUCGACCUGUUUGCUGUUCCAGAGAUGACACUGCUAGCUGAUGUCACAGAGUUUUUCAUGCAGAAGGAAAUCCCCUAUGAUCCAGAAUAUGUGUUUUAUGAUGUGAGGUCAGCUGUUCAGGGAGUUCACAUGUCUGGAAUUUUACAUGCAAAAAUUAUGGAAGACUUAGCGAGGUACCUGGAACGGGGACCAGAGAUAACACAAGUACUUCAUCGUCUCAUCAACUCCAACAAAAAGUUAUUUCUGAUCACAAACAGUGGCUUCCCUUUCGUAAAUGCUGGGAUGAAAUACCUGAUUGGAGGUGACUGGAUGGAGCUGUUUGAAGUAAUCAUCUGCAAUGCAAGGAAACCAAAGUUUUUCAAUGAAUCAUCUAGGCCAUUCAGAAUUUACGAUCCAUGUAAAAAGCUGGAAUAUUGGGACAGAGUUUCUCAUUUACGUAAAGAUCGAGUUUAUCAAGAGGGAAACUUUAAUUUUUUUAGGCAGAUGACCGACUGGCAUGGAGCCAAGGUGCUCUAUUUUGGUGAUCAUGUGUACAGUGAUUUAGCAGACCCAUCACUAAAGCAUGGUUGGAAAACAGGUGCAAUUAUCCCAGAACUAGAGACAGAGAUAGGCAAGUCUAAUUCAGAAGAUUUCCAAGUGGCUGUGAGAUGGCUAUGUGUCCUCCAGGAACUGAUAGAAGAAAUACAAGUUGACCAGUGUCCAGAGGUCAAAGAAAUCUUGAAUGUGUGGCUUCAGGAACGAGAUGAAAUAAGAAACUUCACAAAGAGCCUGUUCAACCCAAGGUUUGGCAGUAUAUUUCGGACGUACCACAACCCAACUUACUUCUCACGCAGACUGGCGCGCUUCGCUGAUAUGUACAUGUCCAGUGUGGUGAAUUUACUAGAGUACCCUGUGGACCAUACUUUCUAUCCACGGCGGAUGGCUCUGCCCCACGAGUCACCAACAUAUGGGAAUAUUGGAGGCUGAGUUAGAUCUUUAUUGGGAAAAUGUCUGUAUUGAUGAUAAAAAAGGAAGUAAAAUUUUGGUUUGGUGGAGUUAUGGAUUGAAACAUCUUCUACCAUCGAUAGACUCCAGAACUACAAAAUUAUGUAAUUGUCUAGGACAGCAUACAUAUACAGUGCAACUUCCCCAAACAGAUCCCUUUUAAAACCGAUCACCUCUUCAAACCGAAGGAAAUGGCCAGGUAUGAAAUAAUGUCCUCUUUAUUAUAGUAAUUAAAACUUCAUCCCAAGAAUACACAUCCCUAUCAAUUCCGAAUACCAAGCCGAUUUUGUGUCUAAAAUGAUUUUGAAAUGUAUAUUUAACACUGGGAUUAAAUGAAUUGAAAAGCAGGGGAUGUAAAUGCCACAUAUUGAAAAUUAGGGAUAAAGGGGGUAGGAAUGGUGCAAUGUAGACAUAAUAUACUGUUAAGUCAUGCAUAUUUUUGCGGAACUCAAAAAAAAAAAAAAAAAUCAAAAUAAUUUUAAUGGAGACUUGAUUUUGUGGAUGAAUAAAGUUAAAUAGGUCUACUUAUACUCAUAUCAGCACUAAUAGACCAAUACAUUGAUAGAUUAAUUGUACCCAAAAAUAAAUGACAAUAAAUUGCCCUCUAAAAUUAAGGAUUUUACAGUACAAUAAGAAGUUUCUAUUUCUCUGUUUUUCUGCAUUCAAGAAAUAAGAAGGAACUGAGUAUAGAGCUAGAAUUUCACACCUGUGGCAUAGAAUUUCUCAGCAAAAAACAUUUGUCUCUCAACCUUUUGUCCACUUCCUAUAUUUAAACAAGAUAUAGCUUUUUCUGUCAAACGUUUAUUAUAUUGUUUUGGCCGCAUAUUCAAUUUAUAUUUAUGAAAAGAAAUCACUUCUCAUGCCUGUUUACCCUCUGUUAUAACACUGAUAUCUUUUGUAUAUAAGUUAAAGCAAUAUAGCCAGUGCUAUAAGUGUUCUACCAUAACAAUACCCAAAUAGCAUGAUAAUGUAUAAAGUACAGUCAAACCUGUCUAUAAAGACUUGUGAAGAGAGCCAAGUAAAGUGACCUUUAUAGUUAGAUGGCCUUUACAUGGAAGUUCAGUUAAUGUGAAGUGUAUCAUAUUGGAACCCAAAAGAUGUGGCCUUUAUAGACAGGUGUUUUUAUAUACAAUUUGCUUUUAGGGCAGAUUUAAAUGUAUAUAUCAUACAAGGAUUUUUUUCAAUCUGGAACAAACACACAUUGAGAGCAUUGCUACCCCAGUUACUUCCUUAGUAGAAAAAACCCAUCAAUAUACAUGUUAAUAUGACGUUGUCAUGUCCAACAUGUAGUUUAUAUCAUUGUGUGCUCUUCAUUUAAUGAAAAUAUUUUUGUAAAUUAUGGAUCCAUAACUUUGUUAACUUGGAUGAUACUGAAUAUAAAGUUAUAUGGACAUUAACAAGGCAAAGUCUAGAUCAAUUUCAGCUUCAGUGUUGAUAUAUAUAAAUUUUAAUGUGGUAGAAAAGGUGAAUUAUGAUGAAUGAAUUGUUAAAAGAUAGAAAAAUGCAGUAUUUGACAAAGAGAUUUUGGACUUACGUUUGAAGUAAUGUCAUAAUAAGAAAACACCUUAUAAAUAGUAACACUAGAUCAAAAUCACCAAUCAGAGAGUGGGAAUAAGUGUCUUAAUUAGUAGUGUCUAUAUAAAUCAGGAUGUCGGUGGCAAUCCUAGGCUUGGUUAGAAUGAAAACAAGGAUGUCAGAGGCAAUCCUUGGUUCAGUUAGAAUGGAAACAAGGAUGUCAGAGGCAGUCCUUGGCUUGGUUAGAAUGGAAACAAGGAUGUCAGAGGCAGUCCUUGGCUUGGUUAGAAUGGAAACAAGGAUGUCAGAGGCAGUCCUUGGCUUGGUUAGAAUGGAAACAAGGAUGUC